CUUUCUUUCUUCUUUUCUCAGUUAAAUAGAAUUCCUCUCAAGCUUCCUUUUUUUCUCUCUCUAAAACACCCAUUUUUUUUCUCUCUCCACAUGUAACCCCAAUUCUCCUUUUAUAUAAAAUAAUAACAGAUAUAACACUUAUAUUCGAUCUCACAAGGAAAAGAAACCCCUAAGUUUCGAUUGCAAAAUAUCAAUUUCUUUUAUCUUUUUGGUCUCCGAUCAUUUGUGAAUAGUGAUUGAAAAACCCUACUUUACUAAUUCCCUCGCUGUUAUUGUUUUAUCGAUCGAUUCCCGGUUUGGUGAAUUUGAUCGGUCAUUUUAAUUUGUGCUAUUUUUUUGUUUGUUUUGGCAAUGCUUUUUGAUUCAAUAUGAAGCUUAAAAGGAGGAGGUCUUUAGAAGUGCCUCCCAAAAUCAAGUCCUUCAUCAAUAGCGUUACUUCUACUCCGCUUGAGAAUAUAGAGGAACCGCUGAAAGGUUUUGUUUGGGAGUUCGAUAAGGGGGACUUCCAUCACUGGGUUGAUCUUUUUAACCAUUUUGAUUCAUUUUUUGAGAAGCACAUAAAACCAAGAAAAGAUUUGCAGGUUGAGGACAACUUUUUGGAAUCUGAUCCUCCCUUCCCAAGAGAAGCUGUUCUUCAAAUUCUCCGUGUUAUCAGAAUAAUUUUGGAGAAUUGCACAAAUAAGCAUUUUUAUAGUUCUUAUGAGCAGCAUCUUUCUUUUCUUCUUGCUUCCACCGAUGCAGAUGUAAUAGAGGCUUGCCUGCAAACUUUGGCUGCUUUUUUAAAGAAAACUAUUGGAAAAUAUUCCAUUCGAGACACUUUGUUGAAUGCAAAACUAUUUUCACUAGCACAAGGCUGGGGUGGAAAGGAAGAGGGGCUUGGAUUGAUUGCUUGUACUGUGGAAAAUGGGUGUGAUCCUGUUGCAUAUGAGUUAGGUUGCACACUUCAUUUUGAGUUCUAUCAACUGGAUGAAUCAUCAAAUGAGAGCCGUGCCAAUGGACAGUCAAACCAAGGUCUAAAAACCAUUCAUUUGCCCAAUGUGAAUACCUGUCAAGAAACUGAUCUGCAGCUCUUAAAUAAGUUAGUUGCAGAAUAUAAAGUACCUUCCAGUCUAAGAUUCUCUCUGUUGACAAGGCUGCGGUUUGCAAGGGCUUUUGGCUCUUUAGCUUCUCAACAGCAGUACACAUGCAUUCGACUGUAUGCCUUCAUUGUUCUUGUUCAAGCAAGCAGCGAUGCUGAUGACCUUGUUUCUUUCUUUAAUUCCGAGCCAGAGUUUGUGAAUGAGUUAGUUUCACUACUCAGUUAUGAAGAUGCGGUUCCUGAGAAAAUUCGAAUCUUAUGUCUCCUAUCAUUAGUCGCCCUUUCUCAAGAUCGGUCCCGCCAACCUGCAGUAUUAGCUGCUGUCACAUCUGGCGGGCAUCGUGGCAUUCUGUCUAGCCUUAUGCAAAAAGCCAUUGAUUCUGUUAUCAGUGGUACAUCAAAGUGGUCUGUUGUAUUUGCUGAGGCAUUAUUAUCUCUCGUCACUGUUUUGGUAUCAUCAUCUUCAGGUUGCUCAGCAAUGCGUGAGGCAGGGUUUAUCCCGACUCUUCUACCUCUCCUUAAGGAUACUGAUCCUCAGCACUUGCAUUUGGUUGGCACAGCUGUGCAUAUUCUAGAAACUUUCAUGGAUUUUAGUAACCCAGCUGCUGCAUUGUUCAGAGAGUUGGGUGGCUUGGAUGAUACCAUCUAUCGCCUGAAGGUAGAAGUAUCAUUUGUAGAAAAUGGCUUGAAGCAACAAGGUGAAGAUUCUGAUUCUAGGGGGAGAAAUUUGCAAGCACUUUCAGGCGCCUCCUCUGAGCUAGAUAAUAUGCAUCCAUUAUAUUCUGAGGCAUUGGUUUCGUAUCAUAGACGAUUAUUGAUGAAAGCUCUGUUACGUGCUAUAUCCCUCGGAACGUAUGCCCCUGGUAACACUUCACGUCUCUAUGGAUCUGAGGAGAGUUUGUUGCCACAAUGCUUAUGUGUAAUAUUUAGAAGGUCAAAAGAUUUUGGUGGUGGGGUGUUUUCACUUGCAGCGACUGUCAUGAGUGAUCUAAUUCACAAAGAUCCGACCUGUUUUCCUGUAUUAGAGGCAGCUGGUCUUCCUUCUGCUUUUCUAGAUGCUAUAAUGGAUGGUGUUCUCUGCUCUGCAGAGGCCGUAAUGUGUAUACCUCAAUGUUUGGAUGCAUUGUGCCUGAACAAUAUUGGCCUUCAGGCUGUAAGAGAUCGUAAUGCUUUGAGGUGCUUUGUGAAAAUAUUUACAUCUAGAACGUAUUUGCGUGCCCUUGCUGGCGAGACACCAGGGUCCUUGUCUACUGGACUGGAUGAACUAAUGCGCCAUGCUUCCUCAUUGCGUGGACCUGGAGUAGAUAUGGUAAUUGAAAUCUUGAAUGCCAUUUUGAAAAUUGGGUCUGGAGUUGAUGCUUCUUGCUCAUCCUCAGAUCCUCCUUCCUGCUCAACUCCUGUUCCUAUGGAAACUGAUGCUGAAGAAAGGGGUUCUGCUCCAUCAGAUGUUAAGGAAUCUACCAGGAUGGAUAGUUCAGAGCAUCUUAGUGAUCUUUCUGAUGCUUCAAUAGUGAGUAUUGAGUCAUUCCUCCCUGAUUGUGUAAGCAAUGCUGCUCGUCUUCUUGAGACAAUUCUUCAAAAUGCUGAUACAUGUCGUAUAUUUAUUGAGAAGAAGGGGAUUGAUGCUGUUCUGCAGUUACUUAACUUGCCCCUCAUGCCUCUUUCAGCAUCAAUUGGUCAGAGUAUCUCUAUUGCUUUUAAGAACUUCUCACAGCAGCAUUCUGCUUCUCUGUCUAGAGCAGUAUGCUCAUUCUUGAGAGAACAUUUGAAAGCCACAAAUGAACUCUUAGUUUCAGUUGGAGGAACUCAGCUUGCUACAGUUGAAUCUGCUAAUCAAACAAAGGUUCUGAGGUAUCUUGCCAGCCUUGAAGGUAUGCUUUCUCUUUCCAAUUUUUUGUUGAAGGGGACUACUACUGUUGUCUCUGAAUUGGGUACCUCAGAUGCUGAUAUUUUAAAGGAUCUCGGAAAGACAUAUCGGGAAAUAGUUUGGCAAAUUUCUUUGUGUAAUGAUUCUAAAGUGGAUGAGAAGAGGCAUGCAGAUCAAGAAACUGAGAGUGCAGAUGCUUCUUCCUCUAAUGUUGUUGGAAGAGAGAGUGAUGAUGAUGCAAAUAUUCCAGUUGUUAGGUAUUUGAACCCAGUUUCUAUUAGAAAUGGUACUCAAUCCUUUUGGGGUGGCGAGCGUGAGUUUCUUUCAGUUCUUCGUUCAGGUGAAGGCUUACAUCGUCGUACUCGUCAUGGAAUAGCUCGCAUACGUGGUGGGAGGACUGGUCAGCACCUGGAUUCUUUACACAUUGAUUCUGAGGCUCCGCCAAAUGUACCAGAGACUUCCUCCCAGGAUGUUAAAAAGAGGAGUCCUGAUGUUCUUGUUCUUGAAAAUCUGAACAAGCUGGCUUCCACCUCGCGCUCUUUCUUCACAGCCCUUGUGAAGGGAUUUACAUCACCAAACCGUCGUAGAGCUGAUGUAGGGUCAUUAAGUUCAGCCUCGAAAACCCUUGGCACUGCCCUGGCUAAAAUAUUUCUUGAGGCUCUCAAUUUCUCUGGGUAUUCUACUUCUGGGCUUGAUAUGUCACUAUCAGUGAAAUGUCGAUAUCUUGGAAAGAUUAUGGAUGAUAUGGCCGCACUUACAUUUGACAGUAGGCGUCGCACUUGCUAUACAGCAAUGGUUAAUAAUUUCUAUGUACAUGGUGCUUUUAAAGAGCUGCUCACAACAUUUGAAGCCACAAGCCAGUUGUUAUGGACUUUACCGCACCCUUUCCCUACACCCAGUGCUGAUAAUGAAAAGGCAGUUGAAGGAAAUAAGCUAUCUCACAGUACAUGGCUGCUUGACACAUUACAAAGCUAUUGUCGUGUUCUUGAGUACUUUGUUAACUCAACUUCACUCAUUUCUCCAACUUCUGCAUCCCAGGCCCAGCUGCUUGUUCAGCCAGUUGCAGUUGGUUUAUCGAUUGGUCUCUUUCCUGUCCCAAGAGAUCCUGAAGUCUUUGUUCGCAUGUUGCAAUCUCAGGUUUUGGAUGUGAUACUGCCUAUUUGGAACCAUCCCAUGUUUCCAAGUUGUACUCCAGGAUUUGUUGCUUCUAUUGUUUCUGUUGUUACACAUAUCUAUUCUGGUGUUGGUGAUGUCAAAAGGAACCGUACUGGUGUUUCGGGAAACGCAAAUCAAAGGUUUAUGCCACCACCACCUGAUGAGGGUACCAUUGCAACCAUUGUUGAAAUGGGUUUUUCUAGGGCAAGAGCUGAGGAGGCAUUAAGACGGGUAGAAACAAAUAGUGUCGAACUGGCCAUGGAGUGGCUUUUUAGUCAUGCUGAUGAUCCUGUGCAGGAGGAUGAUGAAUUGGCUCGAGCACUUGCUCUGUCACUAGGUAGUUCAUCAGAAGGGUCUAAAGUUGACAAUGUGGACAAGUCAGUAGAUCUACUGACGGAAGAAGCGCAAAUGAAGGCACCUCCUGUUGAUGAUAUUCUUGCGGCAUCAGUAAAGUUAUUUCAGAGCAGUGAUACAAUGGCAUUCUCAUUGACUGAUUUGCUGGUGACUCUUUGCAAUCGGAAUAAAGGAGAGGACCGUCCGAAGGUAGCAUCUUAUCUUAUUCAGCAGAUGAAACUGUGUCCAUUAGACUUUUCAAAGGAUUCUAGUGCAUUAUGUAUGAUAUCUCAUAUACUAGCCUUGCUGGUUUUUGAGGAUGGGACUGUAAGAGAAAUUGCUGCGGAAAAUGGUAUAAUACCUGCUACAAUAGAUAUCCUCGUGAGUUUCAAGGCCAACAAUGUAUCAGCCAGUGAGAUUCUUGUCCCAAAAUGCAUUAGCGCGUUAUUGCUUAUCUUAGACAACAUGUUGCAGUCCAGGCCUAGAAUUUCUUUUGAAGCUGUUGAAGGAAGUCAGACAGGAUCUCUGCCAGAUUCUUCAGUCUCUCUAUCAGUUACAGAAGGACAGUUGGCUUCAGAUGGUCCUGAAAAAGAAAGUGGCUCAGCAUUUGAGAAAAUAUUGGGCAAGUCUACUGGUUAUUUGACUGUUGAAGAGAGUCAUAAGGUGCUGCUACUUGCUUGUGACUUGAUGAAGCAGCAUGUUCCUGCUGUCAUUAUGCAGGCUGUUUUGCAGCUAUGUGCUCGCUUGACAAAAACUCACUCACUCGCACUGCAAUUUCUUGAAAAUGGAGGGUUAUCUGCUCUUUUUAGUCUUCCAAGGAGUUGUUUUUUCCCUGGAUAUGACACUGUUGCUUCUGCUAUAGUUCGACAUCUCAUUGAAGACCCCCAGACUUUGCAAACGGCCAUGGAAUUGGAAAUACGACAAACUCUGAGUGGAAACAGGCAUGCGGGGCGUACUAAUCCUCGGACAUUUUUGACAACAAUGGCACCUGUUAUCUCUAGAGAUCCUGUGGUCUUUAUGAAAGCUGCUGCUGCAGUUUGUCAGUUGGACUCGUCCGGGGGCAGGACCCUUGUGGUAUUAUCAAAGGAAAAGGAGAAGGAAAAGGACAAGUCAAAAGCAUCAGGUGCUGAAGAAUCUAUCCGCAUUUCUGAAAACAAGGUACAUGAUGGAUCAGGUAAAUGUGCCAAAGGCCAUAAAAAGAUUCCUGCCAACCUUACUCAAGUAAUUGAUCAGCUUCUUGACAUAGUGUUGAAAUUUCCUGUGCCGAAAAGUGAGGAAGGUUGUAUAAGUGACUCAACUUCUAUGGAGGUGGAUGAACCUGCUACCAAGGUGAAGGGAAAAUCCAAGAUUGAUGAGACAAGGAAAAUGGAGUCUGAAUCUGAGAGAUCUGCUGGUCUGGCGAAGGUGACUUUUGUUCUCAAGUUAUUGAGUGAUAUUCUUCUUAUGUAUGUACAUGCAGUUGGGGUUAUACUAAAGCGAGAUUCAGAAUUAUGUCAACUCCGUGGGUCUAAUCAAACAGAUAGUCCAGGGCAUUGUGGUAUACUUCAUCAUGUCUUACACCGGCUACUUCCAAUAUCUACCGAUAAAUCUGCAGGGCCUGAUGAAUGGAGAGACAAGUUGUCUGAAAAGGCCUCAUGGUUCCUGGUGGUUUUGUGUGGCCGUUCUGGGGAGGGGCGGAGGCGAGUAAUUAAUGAACUUGUGAAAGCUAUGUCUGCAUUCUCUAACUUGGAGAGUAAUUCAAGUCAAAGCAUGUUAGUGCCUGAUAAAAAAGUUUUUUUACUGGCCGAUUUGGUGUACUCUAUAUUGUCCAAAAAUGCAUCCUCUGGAAACUUACCUGGUUCUGGGUGCUCACCGGACAUAGCAAAGAACAUGAUAGAUGGUGGAAUGGUUCAGUGUCUAACAGGUAUUCUCCAAGUAAUUGAUUUGGACCAUCCUGAUGCUCCAAAGAUUGUCAAUCUUCUACUAAAGGCACUGGAAAGCCUGACUAGAGCUGCUAAUGCCAGUGAGCAAGUUCUUAAAUCUGAGGGUCUGAACAAGAAAAAAGGCAUCGGGUCAGAUGGAAGACCUGAUAAUCAAACAACUACAUCAGCUGCUGGUGCAGGGGAGCAUAAUCAGAAUAGCGGUGAAACAGCAGAACUGCCAAAUGCAGAGGACAAUGAAGAACAGGAAAAUGAAGUUCCUACUCAAAUUGAGAGUAAUUAUGAUACACAUCCAGAUCUGUCGGUUCAGGAAGAAAUGAGGGUAGAAAUAGAAGAGACAAUGGUUGCCAAUCCACCCAUGGAGAUAGGGAUGGAUUUUAUGCGUGAAGAAAUGGUAGAAGGUGGUGUGUUGCACAAUACUGACCAAAUUGAUAUGACUUUUCGGGUUGAAAGUAGGGCAGAUGAUGAUAUGGGUGACGAGGAUGAUGACAUGGGAGAUGAUGGUGAGGAGGAUGAGGAUGAUGAUGAUGGAGAGGAUGAGGAUGAGGAUAUUGCUGAGGAUGGUGCUGGGAUGAUGUCUUUAGCAGAUACUGAUGUGGAAGACCAUGAUGAUACCGGCUUGGGGGAUGACUACACUGAUGAGAUGAUUGAUGAGGAUGAUGAUUUUCACGAGCAUCGCGUCAUAGAGGUAAGGUGGAGAGAAGCCCUUGAUGGGCUAGAUCAUUUGCAGGUUCUUGGCCAACCUGGAGCUGCAAGCAGUCUAAUUGAUGUUGCAGCUGAGCCUUUUGAAGGGGUGAAUGUGGAUGACCUUUUUGGCCUUCGCAGACCUUUAGGUUUUGAGCGGCGGCGUCAGAGUGGUAGGUCUUCCUUGGAGCGAUCAGUCACAGAAGUGAAUGGAUUUCAACAUCCUCUGCUCUUAAGGCCAUCACAAUCAGGAGAUCUAGUUUCUAUGUGGUCAUCAGGUGCGCAUUCAUCUAGAGAUUUAGAAGCACUGUCAUCUGGAAGCUUUGAUGCAGCUCACUUUUACAUGUUUGAUGCUCCCGUCCUUCCAUAUGAUCAUGUGCCGAGUAGUCUCUUUGGUGAUCGUUUGACCAGUGCAGCCCCUCCGCCUUUAACUGAUUAUUCUGUAGGUAUGGACUCAUUGCAGAUGCAGGGCCGAAGAGGUCCAGGUGAUGGUCGGUGGACUGAUGAUGGUCAGCCACAAGCAAGUAAUCAAGCCGCUGUGAUUGCACAAGCAGUAGAGGAACAGUUCCUAUCUCAGUUGCGCAGCCUUGCUCCACCCAGUGGUCAUACUGAAAGGCAGUCUCAGCAUUCAGGACUGCAAGAGAGUCAACCAUCUAAUGAUCCACCAUCCAAUGAUGGCCAGGUAGUUUUGGAAGGUGAUAACACCAGCAGUCAGCAAACUGAAGUUCAGCAACAAGAAAAUGGUAAUGAAGAGGCACGUCAACUUAAUCCUACAGUUGAAAGUGUUUCUUUUCAAGAGCAAGUUAAUCCCUCAUCCUCAGUUGAAGAUGCAGGUGAAUGCGUACAGUUGCAUGAGUCCAUGUUAGUUCAAACAAUUUCUCUGAACAGUACACCAAAUGGUCAUGAUAACAUGGAAAUUGGAGAAGGCAAUGGCAUUGCUGCUGACCAAGUAGAGAGAAUACCGGAGCCUGUCAACUCAUCCACAGAAUAUCAUGCUGCUCCGCAUUGUGAAGGGGUUCCAGAAGAGCCUGCAAGUCUCCAUGGCAUGCCUGUUGAGGCUGUGGAUUGUGAUGUUUCUGCAAGAAUGGAUGGUCAGUCCAGUAAUAAUGUCUUCCUGGAUUCUGGUUUGGUAAUGCCUAAUCUGGAUCAUACAAAUGUUGAUGUUGAUAUGAAUGGUUCUGAUGCCGAAGGAGAUCAAUCCGAGCAACCGAUUACUGCUCCUGAACAUGGUGUGGAUGAGCCAUCAUCUAGGCAAGAAACUCUGGUUGCUCAAGAAGGUAAUCAGACUGACCAAGCUAGUGCGAAUAAUGAGGCUUCUGGUGCAAGUGCAAUUGAUCCGACCUUUUUGGAGGCGCUACCUGAAGACUUAAGGGCAGAAGUACUAGCAUCCCAGCAAGCUCAGUCUGUACAACCUCCAAAUUACACGCCACCUCCUGUUGAUGACAUUGAUCCUGAGUUUUUGGCUGCCCUUCCUCCAGAUAUCCAAGCAGAAGUUUUGGCACAGCAGAGAGCACAGAGGAUUGCACAGCAGGCUGAAGGUCAACCUGUUGAUAUGGAUAAUGCUUCAAUAAUUGCUACUUUCCCUGCUGAUUUGCGUGAAGAGGUACUUUUGACUUCUUCAGAAGCAGUAUUAUCAGCAUUACCUUCUCCAUUACUUGCUGAAGCACAAAUGCUAAGGGAUCGGGCAAUGAGUCAUUAUCAGGCUCGCAGCCUGUUUGGAAGCAGCCAUAGGUUGGCAAGUCGUAGAAAUGGUUUAGGGUUUGAUAGGCAGACAGUGAUGGACAGGGGUGUUGGAGUUACUAUUGGAAGGAGAGCAGCUUCUGCUAUGGCAGAUAGCAUGAAGGUGAAGGAGAUUGAAGGUGAACCACUUUUGGAUGCCAGUGCUUUGAAGGGUUUAAUCCGUCUGCUUCGAUUGGCACAGCCGCUUGGGAAAGGCCUUCUGCAAAGACUUCUGUUAAACCUUUGUGCACACAGCGUUACAAGGGCUACUUUAGUUCGUCUUUUGCUCAAUAUGAUCAAACCUGAGGCUGAAGGGUCAGUUUGUGAAUUGGCUGCAAUAAACUCCCAGAGGCUUUAUGGCUGUCAGUCUAAUGUUGUUUAUGGUCGAUCACAGUUGCUAGAUGGGCUGCCUCCUCUGGUUUUGCAUCGUGUUCUUGAAAUUUUGACGUAUUUGGCUACAAAUCAUUCCUCCAUUGCAGAUAUGUUAUUCUAUUUGGAUCCGUCGAUUGUCUUAGAGCAAUCAAAUCCAAAAUGUUUGGAAACUAAGUUGGGUAAGGGUAAGGAGAAAAUUGGAGAUGGAGGUGAUUCAUCAAAACCUUUGGUGAAUGCAGAUGAUGUUCCAUUGAUACUGUUCCUGAAGCUCCUGGAUCGACCACAUUUUUUGCGCAGCAGUGCACACCUUGAGCAGGUUAUGGGAUUGCUUCAAGUGGUAAUUUACACAGCUGCAUCAAAAUUAGAGUGCCGAGCCCUGUCUGGACAGGCAACCACAAGUUUGGAAAAGCAAACUGUUAGUGAAGCUUCAGGUGAUGCUCAAAAAGACACUCCCUCAGAACCAGAAUCUAGUCACGAAGAUAAGCCUGCCAGUGUGAAAUUAUUUGCUUCAGAUGGGAAGAGGAGUAUUGGUACAUGUAAUAUAUUCCUGCAGCUUCCGCUAUCUGAUUUGCGCAAUAUGUGCAGCCUUCUUGGCCGCGAGGGGUUGUCAGAUAAAGUUUAUAUGCUAGCUGGGGAAGUGCUGAAAAAGUUGGCAUCAGUUGCUGCAUCACACAGGAAGUUCUUUACUUCAGAGCUUUCAGAAUUAGCUCAUGGUUUGAGCAAUUCGGCUGUCAGUGAACUUGUCACCCUGAGGAAUACACACAUGCUGGGACUGAGUGCUGGUUCCAUGGCUGGGGCAGCAAUUCUACGUGUGCUACAGGCACUCAGCUCACUCAUCUCAUCAAGUGCUAAUGAAAAUAUGGUGUUGAAGAGUGAUGGAGAGCACGAGGAGCAGGCCACCAUGUGGAACUUAAAUGUUGCACUUGAGCCCUUGUGGCGAGAAUUGAGUGAAUGCAUUACUGUGACAGAGACACAACUGGGUCAGGGCUCUUUCACUCCAACUGUGUCAAAUAUAAAUUUGGGGGAGCAUGGGCAGGGCACUUCAUCUCCUCUUCCUCCUGGAACCCAGAGAUUACUGCCUUUUAUUGAAGCAUUCUUUGUUUUGUGUGAAAAGCUGCAAGCAAACAACUCCUUUUUGCAGCAAGAUCAUGCCAAUGUAACUGCAAGAGAAGUCAAAGAGUCUGUUGGGGAUUCUGCUUCCUUGACCAUGUGUAGUGCUGAUUCUCUGAGAAAAUUCGAUGGUGCUGUCACUUUUGCUAGGUUUGCAGAAAAGCAUCGUCGGCUAUUGAACACGUUUAUAAGACAGAAUCCCAGCUUGUUGGAGAAAUCUCUUUCUAUGCUGCUGAAAGCACCAAGACUGAUCGAUUUUGACAACAAAAGAUCAUAUUUCCGCUCAAGAAUAAGGCAACAGCAUGAGCAACAUCUCUCUGGUCCUUUGCGUAUAAGUGUUCGACGAGCAUAUGUUUUGGAGGAUUCAUACAAUCAGUUGAGGAUGCGACCUAGUCAGGAUUUGAAAGGACGGUUAAAUGUGCAGUUCCAAGGUGAAGAGGGUAUUGAUGCUGGAGGUUUGACUAGAGAGUGGUAUCAACUGCUAUCGAGAGUAAUAUUUGACAAGGGUGCAUUGCUUUUCACCACUGUGGGAAAUAAUGCAACUUUCCAGCCAAAUCCUAAUUCUGUCUAUCAGACUGAACAUCUUUCUUAUUUCAAGUUUGUUGGUCGUGUGGUUGCAAAGGCAUUGUUUGAUGGGCAACUUUUGGAUGUUUAUUUUACACGGUCUUUCUACAAGCACAUUCUUGGUGUGAAGGUGACAUACCAUGACAUAGAGGCUGUUGAUCCUGAUUAUUACAAGAAUUUGAAGUGGAUGCUAGAGAAUGAUGUGAGUGAUAUUCCUGACUUGACAUUCAGCAUGGAUGCUGAUGAGGAAAAGCACAUACUUUAUGAGAAAACUGAGGUUACUGAUUUUGAGCUUAAACCUGGAGGAAGAAAUAUAAGGGUUACAGAAGAAACAAAACACGAGUAUGUGGACCUUGUUGCUGACCAUAUUUUGACAAAUGCUAUUCGUCCUCAGAUCAAUUCCUUCCUGGAGGGGUUCAAUGAAUUGGUCCCUCGGGAACUAAUUUCUAUCUUUAAUGAUAAAGAGCUCGAGCUACUAAUCAGUGGACUUCCCGAAAUUGAUUUGGAUGACCUAAAAGCCAACACAGAGUAUACUGGCUAUACUGCAGCAUCUACUGUUGUUCAAUGGUUUUGGGAGGUUGUUAAAGGUUUUAACAAGGAAGAUAUGGCAAGACUGCUGCAAUUUGUUACUGGAACGUCAAAGGUUCCAUUGGAGGGUUUCAAGGCAUUACAAGGCAUCUCUGGUCCUCAACGGUUUCAGAUACACAAGGCAUAUGGAGCACCGGAGCGGUUGCCCUCAGCUCAUACAUGCUUUAACCAGCUUGACCUUCCUGAGUAUACCUCCAAGGAGCAGCUGCAAGAACGUUUGUUGCUUGCUAUACAUGAAGCAAGUGAAGGGUUUGGAUUUGGUUAGCCACUGGGUCAAAUACCAUGCAGUUAGCAGGAAAUCCCAGCAUUCUGUCUUCGGAUUUUAUGUACAUAUAGGGGAUUUGAUUUACAGAUGGAUAGGGAAUUAGAAUAACAGAAGGAAAGGCAACUGUUGAGAGGGUACGAGGCAUUGUUGCUUCUGCAUUGUGGAGGUGGAGGUGGAGGUGGGCAAGCGAAGCUCUGUGGUGCAGUAUCAGCAUAAUGGGGUUUUGGCUAAUGUAUAUCAUUUUUGGGUUUUCUUGCCAUGUCAAUGUUAAAUCUUUUUCAGAGCAUACAAAAAUGUUGAUAGAUAAAAUAUGUCAUUUUCAAUGUUCAUAUAUUAGCCUUCUCUUUUAUUCCUUAA